AUGGCUCCCGACCCCCUUAGUGAUAGUGAACGGUCGGAGCGGUUACUAAAACGGUGUAUCAUGCGUCGGGAUGGUGCUAUCCAAGAUAUGAAUGAUUUACAUAAGCUAGCGGUAAAGGCAAAGGGUGAUAUAUCGUGUAAAGCGUUAUUUUUUGCUCGCAAGGCUGACAUUGAACAAUUUAUGGCAGAUAUUACGGUAGAACAAGACACAAUUAUGGACGCGUUGUUGGACGCGGGUCGGGACAGCGAAUAUGUACAUACACACGCUCCAUUGAUUCGGGAGGUUAAAAAUCAAUAUUAUUUCAUUCAUGCCACGGCACAAGAAAUGACCGUUGAACCUCAACCUGUACAAAAUGUUCGUACCAACCUCCAUUUACCAAAAAUAAAGUUACCGUCAUUUAGUGGGGAUAUUCUACAGUGGCCAACCUUCCGUGACAAGUUCGUUGCGUUAGUCGAUUCAGAUCCCGACUUAUCCCCAAUCGAAAAGUUCCACUUAUUAGCAGGUUGUGUUACUGACAGGGCUGCCACAGUGGUUAACUCGUUGAAAAUGACAGAUAUGAAUUAUCCAAUUGUGUGGCGAAAGUUGAUUGAUCAGUUCGAUAAUCCUCGUCUAUCUGCCUCGACAUUAGUAGACGGACUUCUAAGCUUUCGCCGAAUGGAAUUUGAAACCGUUCCAGGGUUAUCAGCGUUCCUCCAUGUUUUUGACGAAAGUUUGCAAUCGUUGAAAAUGUUCGACAUCGAAGAUGUGUCUAGUUUUAUUAUGUUUGUAUUAGCAAAUAAAAACCUUCCACGUGGUACUCGGGAAUUAUUUGAAAAGGAUAACUCCAACACUUUUCCUGGUAUUGAAGAUUUGGUAAAGUUCGUUCGAUGUCGUAUAAAAAUCUUGGAAAAUAUUGAUGGUGCUGCAGGUAAGCACAUGCCUAAAGACAAAUCAAACGGUAGGUUCAAUGACAAGCCCACUGGUAAGUUGAUGAUGGUAUCAGCACAGGGCGAUGCAAACCCCAAAUGUCCGAUUUGUAAAGCACCUCAUGAUGUACAAGUAUGCUCAGAGUUUCUAUCUAUGCAACCCCCGAAGCGGUUUAAGAUGAUAACUAGUUUCCGUCGGUGUUUCCGAUGUUUGAGUGCUACUCAUGUAUCAUCAGCUUGUACCAGUGACGUUUUUUGUGCUACAUGUAAGGGGUCACAUCACAGUUUAUUACAUCUCCAAAAAUCUAGGGUCAGACCACCAUCAGACAAUGGUGGGAGUUCGGGCUCGGCACCAGGUGGUAUGAAUCGUGGGGCAUCAUCUAGCUCUGUAUCGACCGGUGCCGUAUCUCAUGUUGGAAAAAUGGGACCAUCCACGGUAGUUUUGGGAACAGCCAUGGCUCACACCCGUGAUCGGUUCGGUAAAACCGUGGUUGUACGAAUUUUAGUUGACUCAGGGUCGCAAAUUAGUGCUAUAACCGAAUCGUGCGCCCACCACCUCGGAUUAACUAUUAAAAAAUGGACGGUCCCAGUGUCAGGAUUAGCCGGUGUUACGCUACCCACAGUGAAAGGUUUAACUUCGUGUACCAUUACACCUAGGUUCGACAGUAAUACCGAAAUCGAGGUCAACACAUGGGUGUUACCAACCAUAACUGUAAAUUUACCGAAGUCACCACUUCCAGCAUCCAUCAAGAGUUCAUAUGCUCAUUUAGCGCUGGCCGACCCCAAGUUUGACAUUCCAGCGACAAUCGAUUUGUUGUUAGGCGCGGAUUUGUAUCAUCAUGUGUUCGAUGGAAAGCAGUAUUCUGAAGAAGGUAAUCCCACGGAGGAUAGUUCUAUAUUUGGAUGGAUACUCAUUGGUCCGGUAUAUCCUGCCGCAACUUCCUAUCAUCAAGCUGUUGUUGUUUCUUUGGCAACGUCAUUAGAGGAUAUGGUUCGGAAAUUCUGGGAAGUUGAUGAACCAACGAACGCACCAAGUGAAACUACUGAAGACGGAUUUUGUGAAAAGUUAUUCUUCGAACACACUAUGAUAGAUCGAUCCGGUAGGUAUAUAGUUCCGUUGCCGUUUCGAGACGCUAAUCCGCAAGAAAUGUUAAAAGGGACAAGGAACAUAGCCCAAAAGCGAUUCUUAAAUUUAGAACGAAGAUUAAUUUUAAAUCCUACCUUGUAUGAGGCGUACCGUGAUUUUAUGGCUGAGUAUAUCAGGUUAGGGCAUAUGCAAGUAGCUAACACUCCAGGCGAUUACAUCAUUCCACAUCAUGCCGUCACCAAGGAUGAAAAUGGGAAAUUGAAGAUCCGUGUAGUAUUCGACGCGUCUUCCCGAUCCUCAGGUGGACACUCAUUGAAUGAUGUACUUUUGACGGGUCCGAAACUCCAGAAUGACAUCACGGAUAUUCUGUUAAGGUUUCGUUUUCCGCGAUUUGUUUUCGUGGCCGAUAUUUGCAAGAUGUAUCGGCAAAUACUCAUUCGACCAGAACACCGGUCGUUUCAGCAUAUUCUGUGGCGACCGUCCCCUGCUGAUGAACUGAUUGAGUAUGAACUCAACACCGUAACUUAUGGGACCGGACCUGCUCCAUACUUAGCCAUCAAAGUGUUACAUCGGGUGGCCGAGUCGUGUCGUGCCAAACAUCCAAAGGUACAUGAAGCGUUGUUCCAUAAUACUUAUGUAGAUGAUGUUUGUGCGGGUGAUGAUGUUCUCGAUGGUGUGUUAGAUUUACAAAGAGAUUUAAUGGCCGUGCUGGCCAAACAUGGGUUCGAGCUGAAGAAGUGGACUAGCAAUUGUGAUGAAGUAUUAGCCCGGAUAGAUCCAUCCUCACGCUCGGAAACUACCAUACCGUUUGAAAAUUCUGAAGACGCAUAUGUACGAGUCCUUGGAUCACAUUGGGAUCCCGUUCAUGACGUGAUUGGAUAUCAUGUGUCACCAGAACUAGGCGUAUAUACCAAACGAGGAGUUUUGUCCGUAAUUGCCAGGUUAUAUGACCCGAUUGGUAUGCUGGCACCAGUCACCUUUUGGGCCAAAGACUUUUUGCAGCGAUUAUGGAAGUUAGGACUUCAUUGGGAUAGUGAAUUACCACCUGAUCUACUAAACCAGUGGCGGGCGUACUUGGAAGAUCUCCCUGCCGUGUCCCAAUCACUGAACUAA